ACGCACACAGUGCAGCCAGCCAGCCAGCCACCGCACGUAAUUACAGCCCGGGCCUUAGAAAACCAGGAAGGAACCAUCCGUUCGGCCUGAUAAGCAACCACGGUGCCAAAGGGGGCUGCGUCCAUCAAAAUGAAGGUCACAGAAGUGCAGCAGCCUCCUCCUAACGAUGAAGAUGCCGCUGAGUGCCAACAUGCAAGCCGUCCUGCUACUUUUACCUCUGCUGGCGCCCUCCGAUGCUAUCCUGCCCGAGUUAGUGCACCCAGGAAUUCACCUCAUCCUGGACAAUUCCUCGCAGGAAGAGGAACGCGCGGCGGUGCAUGUGGAGCAGCUGGCCGAGGAUGAGCAGCAAAUCCCUGUGCAGCAAGAGACAAACCUUGCUACAGCAACUGUGCAGCCCACUGAGCUGGACAACCAUAUUGACGCUGGCUGCGUCACCGCUGAGGAUUGUGGGAAGGAGAGCUACUGUCUGCACGAGAACCACAAUUCCAGGUGUAAGCCUUGCAAAGGCAUCGACGUGUCCUGCACUGAGGAUGAGGAGUGCUGCGGUGUACACUUGUGUGUUUGGGGUCAGUGCAGUCCAAAUGCAACCAAAGGACAAGCUGGCAGCACGUGUCAGCUUCAGGCGCACUGCAGCCCUGACCUCUGCUGUGCCUUCCAUGCAGCCCUGCUCUUCCCAGUCUGCUCUGCGAAACCCAUCGAACGCGAGCGCUGUUUUCCUGCCUCCAACCACCUGACCGAGGAUGACACACCCAGAAAACAUUGUCCUUGUGCUGGGGACCUCCACUGCCAGCACCUGGGGCGAGGAUCCAUGUGCCUUCGAGCGGUCGACUCGAGUGAAGAAGGCCUGACAGACAGCCUUUACUCGGCCAUAGACUACAUCCUCUGAAAUGCUUUAGUCACAUUGCAAUUAUGUUUCACCUUGAAUCCUCAGGAACUGUGUUCUCUUUCUGUUUGCACACAGCAUGGAAUGUAAAAAUAAAUUGUUGUACUUGCUUACCGGAGUUUUAGAAGUCUUAUCAAACAGGAGAUAGUUGACUGCAUGAGUAGCUCACUUGCCUGGUGGAUUAAAGUCAUCACAGGGCAGGUUAUCAAGUUCAUGACGUGUUUGCAACCUCACUGGAACUAUGCACUAAAGCUUCACGCACUGUAUGAGCAAUAAAAACGUACUGC